CGAAAGAAGAAAUCAACUAUUCUUCAAAUGAAUGGAUGAUCCGAAAUGGGCGGGAUGAUGAUAAGAAGAAAGAAUAACAACUUGUAGUGAUGGAAGAAACCAAGUCUGUUAUAGAGGCUAUAGUCAAUGGCUCGGAUAAGGUUCUUACUUUUAAAGAACUUAGUCUUAAGAACAGCAUUCCUAUACAAGAAGCAAAAAAGAUAUUGGAGCUGUACUGGGCAAAACAACCAGAAAGACUUCACGCAACGUUUGUACAUUCCGGAAUAGACGAACAAGGAAAUAGAAAAUGGGUAUUGACAAACAACGCGUCGUUCCAACUUCCUUCAAUGAGGACGAUUUCCAAGUCUAUUUACAGUAUUUCACGUCACAAAGUAUCUGAACCUAGUUUAAUAUGUUCAGAAGAUUUCCAGAAUGAUAGAAUUUUGACUCUUUGUCCUGCUGAACAGAAGAAUGUGUUGAGAGACAACCGUUUCGCUUCGAUCAGAUGUAACCAAGUGAAACACUCUUAUUGGUCUUUGAUGGAAGAACAAGACUGCUCCAAAGGUGGUUUGGACCUAAUUGAAGAUGGUAUGGAAGCUGAUGAUGGUGCUUUAAAUAAUUGGGAACAACCAAAAGUAGGUGAAGGAGACGCCAAGAAGGAAGGGACCGAGAGAUGGGGCCAAGAAGAAGUCGUAGAUGAAGAAGAAGCCCAAAUUACAAGAAGAAGAAGAAAAAGGAGGAACUCACCGAUUGUAGAAGAUGGUCCCAUAAAAGUUGUUGAGGAGGAGGAGGAAUCGUCACACCCCAACAACUCUAGACAGAGUAGUCAGGAGAAGGAGAAUACUGGGACUGUGGAAGCAUUUUGUCGAAAGAAUACGACAAUUGUUGCUCCAAGUAAGAAAAGUGUGAGAACUAUUUUGGACUCUAACGGUUAUUGGGUCACACAAGUAGAAGAAGAACCCUUGAAUGACACUGCUCCUUGUGUGAAACAAGAAGUAAAAAGUGAACCUUGUCAGGUAGGAGUUGAACAAAGUUAUACAUUUCAGUCAGAGAGACAAAACAACAAGGUUGUCAAGCAAGUUCCCAAGAGUUCUCAAGUGCAACAGGCAUCACAAAAGUCUAUCUCUUCUUUUUUCAAGAAAAAUACCUUUACUAAUCUAUAGAGGGUACUCAGAAGUAUUCGUUCCACUUGACUUUAAAUAAAAGAAGCAACGUUGUUUUCUCUAUUCAUGGUUUGGAACGAAAAAGUAUCAUCAGUAAUGAGGGCAUAUCUUUUCAGCAAGCCUCAACAGCUAUGCCCAUUUCUUCCUAAAUUCACUUUGGGGAGGGAAGGAGGUACGCCUCCAUUUCCCUCACACGG